CACACACGGAGGUGGCAAUCUCCCUCUACAUCAACCGGAUAUCGGGUGUGGACGAAAACAAGGAGGAAAUUUCAAUCGAUGCAUUCCUGCAAGUCACCUGGGAGGAUCCCCGGCUGGCGAUUCCGGACAACGAGCUGGACAACAUGACGAAGGAGUACGUGGAGCUGACACCGACCGAGCAGAAAACGGUGUGGGUUCCGGACCUCUACAUCCGGCAGCUGCGCGAGAUGAAGGUGAUGACCCUGUUCGAGGAGAUCAGCAAGUUGCGGUUGUACAAAAAUAGCACCCUGGUGCUGACCAAGGGAGCAACAAUAAUCUUCAAGUGCGAUAUGGAUUUCGUACUGUACCCGUUAGACGUACAAAGAUGCCCAGUAGAUUUUAGCAGCUACAAAUAUAGCGAAAAUGAAAUGCGCUUCCGUUGGAAAAACGACAAUGGCCUCACGUUUCCCAAGGAUUUCACCGACGGGUUCUUCCGGUUGCCAAAAUACGUCGUCUCGUUCUACACCGAGCAGGACCCCCAAACGAUCCAUUACGGUGAAGAUAACCACAGUUCCGCCCGGUUGGAGAUAACCCUUUCGCGCGAAGUCAAGAGCUACCUGUUGGAGAACUACCUGCCCUCGACGUUGUUCGUGUCCAUGUCCUGGGGUUCGUUCGUCGUCGUCCCGGAGAUCGUCCCAGGCCGGAUGGUCCUGCUGGUGACGACUCUCCUCUCGCUCAUCACCAUGUUCGACACGGUUCGGAACAACUCGCCGGAUGCACUGGAGCUCAAGUGCCUGGAGGUGUGGCUGAUAUCGUGCACGCUGUUUGUGUUUUUCGCGCUGAUGGAGUAUUUUAUAGUGCUCUUCGGCAUUCGGUACGAUAAACACUGGCGGGUAGCAGCCAAGGUCCACCACGUUCAUGUCGCGCCUCCGGUGCAGCUCCAAUCGACGCUCAGCGUAUCGCAGAACACCGUCGAGACGCCGAUGAACUCCAGUCACGCUCCGCAGCGUGAAAAUGGACUGGAAAGCACCGGGCUCAAGGUGACGGGAACCAACAAGGUGCAACCGCAGGAGGCAGACGCAUCCAAGGCCAGUUCCAUAGGGAACCUGUCGGGAAAUUUCCAAACCACUCAACACGUGACUUCCGUUAUGACCCGAAGGCGCUUCCGCAACGUGGCCGACGUGGCGCUGAUGUAUGCCGGCUCGCAACGUGGCCGGUUGGACCAAAUCUCGCUGAUAAUCUUCCCGCUAAGCUUUCUCAUCUUUACAAUCGCCUACUGGACAAUGUACAUCAGCGAAUCGAACGUUCGGAAGAAGAUGUAAUCACACAUCAAGUCUUUCUUUUUUUUUAUAUAAAUAUAGAACAAACUCCAAUCAGCUUU